CGAGUCCUUGGGCAAUAGCGCCAUCUUUUGAUUUUCAUACUACUAUUUGUAGAAUUCAUCUUUGAUUUCUAACUCGAACUUUGUAUACAACAGCUGUGAGCGAAUGAUCGCUCUUGAUCGUCUCAAAUAGUUAUUUUCGCAGCUGUUUUUUGAUGAAUAUCCGUCACGGGUAUUUCUUUACCAAAAUUUAAAUUUAAACAGAUUUCUUCUCAUUUGAAGAUGGAACAUUCUAUAAAAAAAUUAAAUGUUGAUGCUACUUCAAAUGAAAAACAAGUUGAUAUAAAUAAAGUACAUAAACAACAAAUACGUCACGUCUUAACCUACGAUGUGUUAAGAAUUAUUUUUCAACAUUUAAGUGCGAAGGAUCUUCUCAAAGUUUCUCAUAUAUGUAGAUCCUGGAGAGACGCCGCAAAUAAUGAAGCAGCCAGUAGAAAAGCACCAGAAUGUAUAUUUAAAAAAUUUCAAAUAAUUGAUAAAGAAAAUUUAGAAGACUCUUAUAAUGCUACACUUUUGGGUAAUGAAUUGAGGGUGAAACCUUGCUUUGGAUUAGUCUGUAUAAAAAUUCAAGAAGAUAAUGAAUGGGUACUAAAAGGUUGUUACUGUAAAAAUCUUCCAUCAAAAUGCAGUACAUUUAUUCUUGGAGGUUAUGACAUUACCAUAGACGAUAUUAAAAUUGAAAAUAAAUUUGGAAUGGGCGUAUGUGCUUUUUUACCAGAGAUACCUAAAUUAAAUCAUAAAAUAUUUCAUGUAGAUAUUAACUCAUUUAAAGAUGUUUCUAAAAUAAAUAUGAAGUCUCAUAUGGUAUACAUUAUACAAAAUUUAUAA